CGAAGAAACCCUAACUCGUCGUUUCUCACGGUAAAAAAAUGAAAUUUCAGGAAAAUCAACGGAUCAUGCCGAUUUAUAAUACAAAAAAGGUGGGAUUCAGACGGGAGAUCGUUACUUUCUGUAUAUAUAUUUCUCGAUCGGAGUUGGAGGUUCAUUUUGGUUUCGCUUUUGGUUCAGGUACGGUUGCCUUGGUUCUACUAGUUAUAGAUUGAUUUCCGUUGCGCUACCUGUUCAGAUCUUGGUAGGAAUUGGAUUUUAAUCGGAUUGCACGCUUUUAUGAUUUCAUUUUGGGGGUUAUCUGAUUAUUGUGUUGUAAUUUCAUUACCAGAUCUAAUGUUAGGGUUCGGAACAAAGAAUUAUGUAUGAUGGAAGAUGAAAAUUGGGGGUUUCAGUUUCCCUUUUGUCAAUUGAGUUUCUUUAGAUGGAAAACAGCUUAGCAGAGACUGAUGUCUCUGAGAUUUCAAGAAAUCCGAGAUCUUUGGAUCUUCAAAGCUUCUAUGUUGAUAAGUCCAGGGGUUCCGUGGAAAAGGUCGAAGAUAGGGUCAUAAAGAGGAAAAGGAAGUCUCCGUCUGAGAAUGGGGAGUCAAGUUUGGGGCAUGGGAAGAGGAAAAGGAAGAGUAGGAAAGAGGUACCCCUUAGUACUUUUGAACCGGCUGAAAAGAAGAGUAGAAAGAGUUCAAAUGCAGUAGGUGGUAGUGGUUUGAGUUUGGGAUCAUCUGCUUUCAACAAACCGGCAUUAAAGUUAAGCCAGUUUGUUCUACACCAAAAGACUCAGGGGAAGAAGAAGAAUGAUCACUCUUCAGGGGAUGGGAAUCAGCAAAAUUUGAGUGGUUUAAGUGUUAUUUCUGCCAGUUUGGAUGAUAAAAUCCCAAAGCGUCCUCGAGGUUUGUCAAGGCGGAAGAAUUUUCAGAGUAAUCAUGUAUCAGAGCAGGUGGGAACUUCCAGUAGCAAAGUCAGUUCUGAUGCCGGGAUAAUUAAAUUAAUCAGUGAUUCAGUCACCCCGAAAAUUACUUCUGAAGGUAAACAGAAAAAGGCUUUUGAUGAUUUCAAGGAGAAUAGUUCCAGUAGGACUAAUUCAACUAGACGGUUGAAAGCCGAAGAUGGUGGCUCAGGUAGACAUAAUGGUGGUCCAACCUCAAAAACUGUUCAUAGGAACCAAGGGAAGUGGCGGAAAUCAGCAUCCAAAAAGCAAAACCCUGCUGAUGAUAUUAAGCUGUUGGUUAGAAACUCUGCCAAGACCUGUGGAGAUUUGCAAGAAGAUGAUGAGGAGAAUCUUGAACAAAAUGCUGCAAGGAUGCUCUCAUCUCGGUUCGAUCCUAGCUGUACGGGUUUUACUGGAAACAACAAAGCUUCAUCCACAUCUCAAUCUAGGAAUGGUUUGUUUCUUUCCCCCUCAUUUCAUCAGGAACUUUUGACUUCUGGGAUGGAUAAUUCAGCUGGUUUUGCAUCCACCUCUGCUGAUGCUGCAGGUAGAGUGUUGCGACCUAGGAAAGAACACAAGGAGAAGGGUCUUGUGAGGAAAAGGCGUCACUUCUAUGAGAUAUUCUCAAGAGAUUUGGAUGCUUACUGGGUCCUUAACCGGAGGAUCAAAGUAUUUUGGCCUUUGGAUCAGUGUUGGUAUUUUGGCCUUGUUACUAAUUAUGAUCCUGAAAGGAAGUUGCAUCAUGUUAAAUAUGAUGACCGUGAUGAAGAAUGGAUUAAUCUCCACAAUGAAAGAUUCAAACUCUUGUUACUUACCAGUGAAGUUCCUGGUAAGUCUGGUUCAGAUAUACCAGGGCAGGGUGGUAAAAAGGCAGGGGACCUAGAUGAAGAUGUUAACAUUGAGGAUGGUAAUACAGGUAGUUAUAUGGACUCAGAACCCAUCAUCUCAUGGUUGGCUCGUUCUACUCAUCGAAUCAAGUCUUCACCACUUGGUAGUAUGAAGAAUCAGAAAACAUUAUGUCAGGCUCAGAAAUCUGUGCAACUGAUGUCUUCUGAUGAUCAUUCUCAAGAAAGAUGCUUGGGUGUUGCAGAUCAAUCACAUAAUAAAUCUGUGUUGAGAGAUAGGCCGACUCAAGGAGAGGUUGAUGAAGAAUUGACAAUGUCAAGCACUGCAUACCCCAAUAAUAGAAAGCCACCAUUUGUUUAUUUCAGGAGGCGUUUUUGCAAAAGAGGGCGGGGAUUGGGUAAUUAUCCAGAGAGUUCAGGGUGCAGAAGUUUAGCUGUUUCUGUUUCAUUUCUUGCCUCAGUUGUUGACCAGGUAGGGGAUUUGGAAGAAUCUGAUGUUACUCUCCAAAGUUCUGGUCAGAAAGCUUCGACUGACUUGGACAGGAACACUUCAUUGUGGUCUGCUGAGAAUGAGUUGUUGAAAUCAACCUUUCAGCUGAUGAAAUUAAAACAAGGGAAACUAAAGCUUAACUUUCCACUCCAUCGGCUUUUCCAUAAGCAUGUAUUCGAUGAUGAUUUUUUUUGGCUUUAUCCUGCUCUAUUGCUCCUUCAGUUUGGUGUGGUGGUGCUUGUGUGGCCAAAGGUUUACCUGGAGAUGCUUUUUAUUGAUAAUCUUGUUGGGUUGAGAUUUAUGUUGUUUGAGGGAUGCUUGAUUCAGGCAGUGGCUUAUAUUUGUUUGGUUCUUAAUGCAUUUCAUCUACCUGAUGAACAUGGAGGGUUGGUUGAUCUACAGUUACCAGUUACUUCAAUCAGGUUUAAACUUUCAGGAUUUCACGACAUUGGAAAGAAGUUUGUCUUCGUGGUGUACAACUUCUUGGAGGUGAAAAAUUCAAAGUGGCUGUACCUUGAUUGUAAGAUGAAGAAGCAUUGUUCAGUCACCAAGCAGCUGCCUCUUGUUGAAUGCACGUACGAUAAUGUUAAGGUCUUUCAAAGUGGCUGUGGUCAGUUAGUUCCUCUUGUUUCUGAGGAGCCCAUUAUGCGUGAGGGUUUACGCAGAAAAUCUAGGCAGGGAAUUAUGCACAUGGGAGUGUCCAAGGAAUCAGUUUAUAUUAAUACAAACUGUUCAUCUUCAAAUUUCAAUGAGAGGCUCUGGAGACUUCCUCCCUUUGUUCUUUCCUUUGCUGCUGCACCUUCAUUCUUUCUUAGCCUGCAUCUGAAGCUGCUUAUGGAUAAUAAUGUUGCUUCCAUGAGCUUCCAGAACCACAAUUCAAUGUCUUUACCAGAGGGCCCAGAAAACUGUGGUAGAUUGAUAGGUGAUGACUGCUUUUCUGCUGUGGAUUUGUCUAAACAAGUCCGACAAGUUACCCUUGAGAAUGAUGUGGGGGUUUCUUUGAGGGAUGCUGCCAGUUCAACAUGGUUGUCUUGUGAUAAUCCUAAGGUAGAGACUGAUGCUCUCUCCAUAAGAAAUGAUGGUGAUUGGAUAAAAUCCUCUCAGAAAUACCUUAAUAGUGAGCUUAAUAUAACUGGAACUUCUGUAGGUCCACAAGGUUCAGGCAAGGAGAUUGCUGGCAUUAUUCUACCGCAAAUGUGUCCACCCCAACAGUCAGUUUCUGAGCAUUCUGUAGAGAAGUCAUGGGCUUCUGUUUCUGAAAAUCAUUCUUCUCCAGACAGGUCUGAAACUGGCUAUUUUUCUGGUUUGAAUGGUGUCAGUGUUCAGAUUCCACCUCAGAGUCAAAUUGGCAGUCAGGCAUGUGAUGAGGGAACACCGAUUAGCCAACAGCCUACGUGCGAUUUGCCUUGGAACAUGAAUGACUUUGGCAUCCGCAGCCCAAACCCUACUGCACCCAGAAGUGUGUGGCAUCGGAAUAGACAUCGCGUGGGUUCUUCAUCAUUUCGCCGCUCAAAAGUUUGGAUGGAUGAAGGGGCUGAUUUUGUCUGUAAAGGCAUUGGGAAUGGUUCUAGAAAACCGAGAACUCAGGUCUCAUAUGUAUCGCCUUUUGGGGGCUACGACAGCUCAAAGCCUAGAAGCCACUUUCGGAAAGGGCGUCCUCACAAAAGAAUCAGGAAUGAUACUGAAAAGAUGGUGACAGAUGGUUCUGGAAGUCUUCAGAGACACAUAGGGUUGUUAUCUUGUGAAUCAAAUCUUCUGAUUACUGCAGGGGACAGGGGUUGGAGAGAGUGUGGGGCACAGAUUGUGCUAGAAUUUGUUGAUUGCAAGGACUGGAGACUCCUGGUAAAAGUUUCUGGUGUUACAAAGUAUUCAUUCAAGGCGCAUCAGUUUCUGCAGCCUGGAACCACAAAUCGUUACACACAUGUCAUGAUGUGGAAAGGAGGAAAGGAUUGGACAUUGGAAUUUCCUGACAGGAGCCAGUGGACCCUUUUCAGGGAGAUGUAUGAAGAGUGUUACAAUCGGAACAUCCGAGCUGCUACUGUUAAGAAUAUUCCAAUCCCCGGGGUUCGCGUAAUUGAGGAGGAUGAUGAUCUUUCAGUGCAAACACCAUUUGUUCACAGUUCACCAAAGUAUUUUCAGCAGGUUGAGAAUGACGUGGAAAUGGCCUUGAAUUCAUCACGUGUUCUAUAUGACAUGGACAGUGAAGAUGAGGUCUGGAUUUCAAGAUUUCAUGCUUCUUCCAAUAUUAAUGGACAGAACUUGCUGUGUAUUUCUGAGGAGAUGUUUGAGAGGACAAUGAACAUUUUUGAGAAAGUUGCACAUUCUCAGCAGCGUGAUGAUUUCUCUAGCGGUGAAAUAGAGGAGCUUAUGGUUGGAGUAGGUCCGAGUGGUGUAAUUCAGGCAAUUCAUGAACAUUGGCAGCAGAAAAGGCGAAGGAAAGGAAUGCCCUUGAUCCGGCAAUUCCAGCCUCCUUUGUGGGAAAGGUACCAGCAGCAAAUGAAAGAUUGGGAAAUGGCAGUUUAUAAAGGCAACAACUUUCCCAAUGGAUGCAAGGAGAAGGCUACAGUUGAGAAGCCACCAAUGUUUGCCUUCUGUUUGAGACCACGAGGCUUGGAAGUGCCUAACAAGGGUCCCAAACAUAGGUCACAGAGGAGGUUCACAUCGAGUGGGUGGCACAGCAAUUCUUUCUCAAGAUAUCAGGAUGGUGUCCAGGUUUUUGGAAGAAAAUUAAAUGGGUAUGUGUUUGGGGAGGAGAGAUCUGUAGUUACUGGUCACAACCAUGAAUCAUCAGAUGCUUCCACAUGGCUUCAGACAUCUACAAUGGUAUUAUCGCCACGAGAUGCAGUUAGCACAGGUUAUCUGUCGAUGAGCAGUGAUGGUGCUGAGAGGAAUCAGUAUUCGAAAUUCAACAGGAACAAGUCAAAGAAGAUUGGAACUUUAUUCCCCAACGAUUCACAAGUGGCGGCCAUCUCAUACAACCAGAGAUUGACAAGCAAGAGAAAUGGAGCCAGCCAGUGGAAUAUGGGCUUACCUGGGUGGCCUAGCCAGAGACAGUACCAACCUGAAACUUCCCAGAGGCAGAGAGUUGAACAAUUGGGUGGUUCAGAUCUUGAUGAGUUUAGGCUGAGGGAUGCAUCAGGUGCAGCUCAGCAUGCAUCCAACAUGGCUAAACUAAAGUGGGAAAAAGCUCAGAGAUUACAUUACAGGGCAGAUCUUGCAAUUCACAAGGCUGUGGUUGCCCUUAUGACUGCCGAGGCUAGAAAAGCAGCUGAGAAGGAAUCCAUGGAAGAUGGGUAGAAGUCCUAAAUGAAUCUUCAAUGACAAGGGUUUCAGAAAGCCACUUGAGGCAUAUCAGCUGUGUCAGCAGCUAGAGGCUUAUUAUCCAUGGAGAUUGGCAUUGACCUUUCUUGGAUGGCAGGCUGCUAUCCCGCACGGGUUAAGACUGCAGUUGAAUCAAGGAGAAUUUUGGCAUUGUGACUGCCAGAGGGAAGUCACCGUUAGGAGAGUUUUGGUGCUCCUGUCUGACUGGUUUACCUCUGGAGAGUUUGGAAGGGGUGGAGAAGUUUGGUUGCUGAUCUUUUGUACAGGAAGAUUUUUCCCUUUUUUCUUUUUUGUCUCCCUUCCAUCUAUCCCUCAAUCCAGUGAAGUAUUUGCCAGUGAAGGAGCAGCUGACCCAAAUAAUACUUGCUCUGCUGUUGAAAUUACAAAAAAAUGGUAAGCGUUUUGUCUAUGGUGCUCCAGUUGUGCAUCAAUAUUUUAUAUAUACGGGAGUAGGGUUACCUGUCAGAAGCGUAGCAACUACUGUGUUCAAAUUUAGAGAAAGUAGCUGUAAGAGCCUGUAAGUAUUCAUCUGUAUAACAUUUUCACAAAGAUUCAGAAUCAUUAUCAUUCUUCUGCUUUUUCA